AUGAAGCAAAUCAAGAUGAAUUACAGCCCUGGCCCUCCCUCCCAUCCUCUGACAUCUAAACGGGGAAUGAGGUCGCUCUGCCUCCGACCUGCGGAGGGAUCACGCGGCAGUGGAGGGCAGAUAAAAGCCCUUUGGACGAGGUUCACCGCCGUCCUUGUUGUUCACUUGGGAGCAGUGGAGAGGAAAACGGUCCCCACGGGCGGACUUUGGCUUCUGGAGGCGCGGGGCUGGUCGGUCUCAGCCUCGCGGAGCCUCCGCCGGGCUCGGGGGCGGGGGAGGGGCGGCGGGGGAGGGGCCGGGGAGCAGGGAUUUGGGGCUGGGGGGCUGGAUGCGCCAACAAGACCUGCUGGGAGGAUUGGCUCGGCUUGUGCUGAAACUGAACUCUUAUUUCGAGGAAAUCAAUCAAUCCGCAGGAAACAAAAAUGGAAGUCGAGGUUGGGGAAGACUUGUCACUUCCCCGACUUGAGUGGUGCGGGCUGGGGGCGGAGACUUGGGAGACUGAAGAGAGGCCCUUACUCCCACCUCAGCGCCUUUCCCAGGACUCCCAGAAGGGAGAAUGACCCUCCUCACCUCCCUUUCCCAACCCACCCUGGCUCGCCUUUCAGCCCCUUCCUGCACCUCCUUUUCCCUUCAAGUGAGAAUAGCCUAGUUCCCGAGCUGCCGGAGUCGGUUCCCUCGCCCCUCCCGCUUCCACGCGGGUCCCCCCCACCCCCCAGCCACCGUUACUGCCACCACCUCGGUUCCACUCAAUCGAUUUUUGCUGCAGGUCAACAUUUAUUACCGCAGUCCCCCCUGCAGGCAGUCCUGGGCAGGAACCUUUAUCUUCGUUCCUUUGGGGAGAUGAGACCUGGAGUCUUUUGUGCUGCUGUCCCUGAAAAGUCGGUGGAACAGCAUAUGGAACAUGACUUGGAACCACGACUAAUGGUAACCUGGUUUGGGGGCACUUCCUCCGUUCUGCUUAGUAUCAACAACCCAGCCCACUCAACCCUGCUUCUCUGGGCGGAUAUCUGGGUGGGGUUACUGCACCCAGAUGAAACUUGAUGGCAUCUUCCUCGGUCCUCCCGGAUGAACUGGCACAGCCUUCUCCAGGGUCACUUCACGCGGCCGCCCGUGUUGGAUGGACCGUGAGUCUGACUGAUACACCCCUGCAUGUGGGCACGGCAGAGGUGGAGACCCUGCCGGCUGUCCCCAGCGCCACAGAAAGGGAUUUGCCAACUGCCAGAGCCCAGGGCGACAGACGACAGGUCACUUUGUUAGGAAAUAAGAUAAUAUCCAACAAAAGAAAGUAAAAUAAAACCCUUCUUAGGCGGGCGCUGGGCCUCCGGGCGAUGUUCAUUCACAGGGCUCUCCUAACCUCAAUGCCUCCACCCCAGCCUAAAACCCGUGAAAUCAUAGGAGCCACUCUUAUCUGAUGAGGCAGGAUCUUGUUUGUCAGAUUCUCCGACAGGGGCGAAACACUCCCGUCUGCAAAUUCAGGGCUGCAGCUCCCGGCGCGAAGCUCCCCUCCCCAGCCCGGAGCCUGCCUGCCUCGUGCAGCCCUGCGCCCGGAGUGCCAGCCUGGACAGCUGACCCGGGCGUUCUGGACCCCUGGAUUCUGCAGGGCCACGCGGCCCAGCCCUGCGGGGGACCCGCGAAGCCGCCGCUCCACCUGACCGUGCGCCCGGGGGGCGGCAUCACCCUGGGCCUCCCUGCCGCCGAACUGUGGCUCCGGCACCACUUGCUAUUGACCACAACAGCUGCUUUAUCUUGAUGUUCCUUUUUUUUUGGCCGGCGACGUGGGAGAAGGGCGGUGGCCAGACGUGCCGCCUCGCAUGACCCUGACGGUAUUUUCAGAGGCACCCGGAGAAGCGGCGGCCCAGAGGGCAACCUACGCACCUCCGGGGACUCUUCUCGGGUCCCUCCGGACAACAAAACCGGAAUCUAAUC